CACACAUACAACGACCGUCGAACAUAUGACGCGUAUGAAUUUUCGGCGUAGAACAUGUAAUGUGUAAAUCAAUCGGAACCGAGCAUUAAAUUGAAUUUUAAUUCGACAAGAAAUAUAGUUUUUAUAUCAUUCAAUCAGAAGGUUACUAAUUAUUAUUAUUUAUUGUUUUUCUCGUAUGCUGUAAAUGUCAAAGAGAGUGCUCGUAUAAUUGUAAAGUGUACAGUUUUUAAUGACUUUGAUAUUGACGUGUAGAGAAAAACGAACGAACGACUAGUUACAUACAUAAAAAAAAGUAGAUUUGCAUAUAUUCAAAAAAAAAUUCAUCGUUUGAAGAAUCAAUCAUUUUGGCACAAAAUGACGGCUGUUACGGAAAUUAUAACGCACUACAAAAACAGCAUUUUGAAUCCCAAAUCAGAUAACAAACGGUUGCUGCAUUGCAUUAAUAAAUUGUACGAACUGCCAAUAUCAGUGAACGAUCUACAAGCAACUCUUAUCGGUAGAACGGUUAGCGGCUUACGAAAAAUUGAUGGUGAAGUCGGAGUCGCUGCGAAGGCAUUAAUUGCGAAAUGGAAGUCAAUGGUCGUAGCUGAAACAAUAAGCAGCGGUGAAUUGGAUGGGGAUGGUGAUAAUAAUGAUAACGACGAACCUCCUUCGUCACAGAAAAGUCGUCAUAGUGACGAAAAUGUUAAAAAAAAGAUUGAAAGCAAUCAACACAGCGAACAUAAAGCUGACCAUAAGGAGGAUCGCAGUAAUGGUGGCAAGGAACACCAUCACCGUCGUCAUAAUUCGGAUGCACAUUCUUCGACCGAUCACAAACAUCGGAGCAGUGCGGACAAACAUCACAGCAAAGAUCGCCAGCACAGAGAUCAUAAAGAGAUGGGAAGGGCUCAAUCGUCUGAACAAAAUGAACAGAGUGGAAUGGGUGAUGAUGAAGAGAAUAGACUGAUUAUAGAUAUAAAAAGUGAAGAUAAGCACAGUAGAGAUACGAAACUUCACAGAAGCGAUCGCAAGGACGAUAAACGGUCGAGCGGUAGCAGUGAACAUCGAAGUGAUAAACACAAAUCUAGUCGAAAUUCUGAAAAAAGUCCACAAAAGUCUAGCGAAAAGGCCGAUAGCAGUGACAGAUCCAAUGAAAAGUCAUCGCAUCAUCAUCAUCAUCGAAAGAGAGGCGAACCGUCUGACGGUACGUCCACGUCAAGCAAACGAAAACGUCCAUCAGACGACAAUUCGCCCAGCAAGCAAUCUUCGACCAGUUCUAAAGCGAAAAAACCGAAAAGCGAAACGUCAACGGUCGACGAAAUCGACAGUUCAAUGGGUACAAGUUUUGCGGACGCGCUGGGAAUGAUCAUGCCGAAAAUGUCGAAAGGAUCGAAACAGAAAAGUUCACACAGAAGUGGUUCCAGUGAUAUAAUAAAGGUUGCACCAUAUGACACGCCAAAAGUACCGUCAGACAAAACUAAAUCGUCAAAGGUUUCGCCAGCUUCAUCAUCAUCAUCAUCAUCGCGAAGUGAAAGGAAAACCAAAGAAGCGUCUCCUCAGCCACCCAAAUUACUAUCGUCAUAUGUAGCGUUACCGCCAUUAGAACCAGUUUUAGCCGUUGAAUUUCCAAUUAUUUCAAAUAAUUACAAACCAAUGCCGCUCAAUCCGACAGUCAUGGACUGUGUAUUUAACAACUACAAUCAACAACAACCAAAGAAAAUUAUGACGGAUGAAGAGGCAUUCGGUUCAGGAAUAUCAUCGAAAAGUAUGCGCACGAAAGUUUAUUCGGGUGUAAAAUCAGGUGCCAUUGCUCAAAUACCGUCGCUGUAUCAAAUGUGUAUUCGCAUACUGCAGAGAAACAUCGACGCUCUGGAACAAAUUGGCUCGAUACCGUUCGAUAUUCUGAAGCCCGUCUUACAGCUAGCAUCGCCCGAACAGUUGUUUUCCAUCGAAAGUUACAAUCCGUAUUUGAUGGACGACACCGAUGUUCUGUGGCAAUUUCAUUGCGAGAAAAAAUUUCGCAAUCUAAAGCGACUCGAGCUGGAAACAUGGAGGGAGAUGUUUUUGCGUUGUACUGAAGAGCGGGAAGCUCGUUUUCACAAUCUUACCGACACCAUAAAACGGUCGCAAACUGUAGCAGUUCCUUUAAAACAAACAAAAUUAGCGUAUGUCAACAGUGCUGUGAAACCACCUCGCGGUAUCAUCAAGAAACAGAAUCAGUUCGGUACGAAAACAAAACUGAUCGCAACGCCGGCCGCUCGAGUUGCAGCGUUAAACAAUGUGAGCAAUAAUAUUGCAAAGCCCGGAGACGUUCGGUUACGGGUAGCUGCUGGUCUUCGGGAUACGGCUCAAGUUACAAGCAAUCCGGCAAAGACGAAAAGCGCGGCCCCACUCAUGCAGAAGUCGUUGCAGUCGUUUAGGUCGCGAUUUAAACGUUAAUUUCAUUUGAAAGUUUGUUUGUGAUGUUUUCGUAUAAAUAUUUAAA